AGUAGUAGUAGUAGUAUUAGUAGUAGUGAUGAUGGUAGUAGUAGUAGUAGUAGUAGUGAUGAUGGCAGUAGUAGUAGUAGUGAUGGCAGUAGUAGUAGUAGUGAUGAUGGUAGUAGUGAUAGUAGUAGUGAUGAUGGCAGUAGUAGUAGUAGUAGUGAUGAUGGCAGUAGUAGUAGUAGUAGUAGUAGUAGUAGUGAUGAUGGCAGUAGUAGUAAUAGUAGUAGUGAUGAUGGUAGUAGUGAUAGUAGUAAUGAUGAAGGUAGUAGCAGUAGUAGUAGUAGUAUUAGUAGUAGUGAUGAUGGUAGUAGUAGUAGUAGUAUUAGUAGUAGUGAUGAUGGUAGUAGUAGUAGUGAUGAUGGUAGUAGUGAUAGUAGUAGUGAUGAUGGUAGUAGUAGUAGUAGUGAUGAUGGUAGUAGUAGUAGUAAUGAUGAUGGUAGUAGUGAUGAUGGUAGUAGUAGUAGUGAUGAUGGUAGUAGUGAUAGUAGUAAUGAUGAUGGUAGUAGUGAUAGUAGUAGUGAUGAUGGUAGUAGUAGUAGUAGUGAUGAUGGUAGUAGUAGUAGUAGUGAUGAUGGUAGUAGUAGUAUUAGUAAUGAUGAUGGUAGUAGUGAUAGUAGUAGUGAUGAUGGUAGUAGUAGUAGU